AGCAUCCCUAAAACUGCCUCUGUCAUACAACCAGGAAGAAGGUGGGAUAGCCAUACAAAGCUAACAUCCCAAGUCUUUCUGCAUACUUUCUCUGGAAAUAAUGGGAUCUUUCAGGUGGAAGGUGGCAGCGGCGGCCUUUCUCGCCAUAGUAGGCUCUUCAUUACGUGUCGUAGCAGAUGAACAUGAACAUACGUACACGGAUAAAGAGGAGGUAGUUUUAUGGAUGAACACAGUGGGGCCUUACCACAACAGACAGGAGACAUACAAGUACUUCUCCUUGCCCUUCUGCGCGGGUUCAAAGAAGACCAUCAGUCAUUACCAUGAAACACUUGGAGAAGCUCUGCAAGGAGUGGAGCUUGAAUUCAGCGGCCUAGACAUCAAGUUCAAAGACGAAGUGAUGCAGACGACAUACUGUGAGAUUGACCUGGAUAAAGCCAAACGGGAUGCCUUCGUCUAUGCCAUCAAGAAUCACUACUGGUACCAAAUGUACAUAGACGACCUGCCCAUCUGGGGUAUCGUUGGUGAGGCAGAUGAAAAUGGAGAAGAUCAUUACCUGUGGACGUACAAGAAGUUGGAGAUCGGCUUCAAUGGCAAUAGAAUUGUUGACGUAAAUUUGACCAGUGAAGGAAAAGUCCGACUUGUGCCAAACACAAGGAUUGCAAUGUCUUAUUCUGUGAAAUGGAAGAAGUCUGAUGUGAAGUUUGAAGACAGAUUUGACAAGUACCUUGAUCCAUCCUUCUUUCAACACAGGAUUCACUGGUUCUCCAUCUUCAACUCCUUCAUGAUGGUCAUUUUCUUGGUUGGUCUUGUGUCCAUGAUUCUUAUGAGGACACUCAGAAAGGAUUAUGCCAGAUAUAGCAAAGAGGAGGAAAUGGAUGACAUGGACAGAGACCUUGGAGAUGAAUACGGGUGGAAGCAGGUACAUGGUGAUGUAUUUCGCCCGUCAAGCCACCCACUGAUCUUCUCCUCACUCAUCGGCUCCGGCUGCCAGAUUUUCUCUGUCUCCUUAAUCGUCAUCAUCGUCGCUAUGGUUGAGGACUUGUACACAGAGAGAGGAUCCAUGUUGAGCACAGCCAUUUUUGUGUACGCUGCUACCUCCCCUGUCAAUGGCUACUUUGGGGGAAGUUUGUAUGCAAAACAAGGAGGCAGAAGAUGGAUUAAGCAGAUGUUUAUUGGGGCCUUCCUGAUCCCGGCCAUGGUGUGCGGGACUGCGUUUUUUAUCAACUUCAUCGCUAUCUACUACCACGCCUCCAGAGCCAUACCAUUUGGCACCAUGGUCGCUGUCUGCUGUAUCUGCUUUUUCGUAAUUCUGCCGCUAAACCUUGUGGGAACAAUUCUGGGCAGGAAUCUGUCUGGCCAGCCGAACUUUCCCUGCAGAGUGAACGCUGUGCCCCGACCAAUUCCAGAGAAGAAAUGGUUCAUGGAGCCGGCUGUCAUCGUCUGCCUUGGAGGAAUCCUUCCAUUUGGGUCCAUUUUCAUUGAAAUGUACUUUAUCUUCACAUCCUUCUGGGCCUACAAAAUCUACUACGUGUACGGCUUCAUGAUGCUUGUCUUGGUGAUCCUGUGCAUCGUGACCGUGUGUGUCACCAUCGUGUGUACGUACUUCCUGCUCAACGCUGAGGACUACAGAUGGCAAUGGACAAGCUUCCUCUCUGCUGCAUCCACUGCCGUCUAUGUUUACAUGUACUCCUUUUACUACUACUUUUUCAAAACCAAGAUGUAUGGGCUGUUCCAGACGUCCUUCUACUUUGGCUACAUGGCCGUGUUCAGCACUGCCCUGGGAAUCAUGUGUGGUGCUGUUGGAUACAUGGGAACAAGUGCCUUCGUGAGGAAGAUCUACACAAAUGUGAAAAUUGACUAAGAAGCAAAGCGACAACAGAGGAUAAUUAAAAGAUUUGCCUAUGUGUUUCAUGAAAGACGGCGGGCACAAGUCAUUCUUUAUUACCUUUCUUUCUUGCGAAGAGAUUGUGAGAAUCUCACUUUGUACAAUGUAGUUUUUUUUCCAUUUUGUGAAUGAAUUUCAACGCCGCAACUCAAAGUGAACCAGAGCAAACAAAAAGAUAUCAAACACAAGGUUCUGUUUUUAUCGGUUGCUUUCAAACAAAUGUCGAGGCAAAUGUUUAAGGACGACAUGGCUUCUCUUUUCCAACCCAGACCCCCCUGAGACCAGAGAACAUAAAUGUUUAUUGAUGGAAUAGUGUAGCUCUCUUCAGUGAAGAGGUCUAAGUGUAUUGAAAGCCUUUUGUUCUAUUGUGUCAGAAUGUUGGAGAGUUGGGUUUGUGCCCAUGUUCUGAUUUCUAUUUUGUAAUCUUGAAGUCAUUUGAAAUAUUGUUAUACAUAGUAUAGUAGUCAGUUCUGAUUUACUUCCACCUCAAAGAUGAUCUAAACAGAUUUGGUCACUCAAUCAUUCCCCCUUUUCAAUGAUUCAGAAUCCCCUGUUACAGUAGCAAUCCAUCCAGUUGGUGAGAGAUUUUAGUCCUGCUGUAGUUUACUGUACAGAGUAGAGCAGAUGGACUGAUCAACAGUUGAGGUACAGUAAGAAACCAAGUUUUAAAUGGACGUUUGAUGUGAUCCCAUUUCCUCGUUUGGUCGGGGUUUUCUUAAUGUUUGGGUUUGAAUGAAGUCUACUUGUAAAGAUAAUAUAUGGAUUGGGGGGGAGUGUAUAUAACCUUAAUAAUGUAUCUCUAGAUGUAGAUCCCAAAUGUAUUUUCGUUGUACAGAUUUACUACAGGGUGUUUUUUUAAAUGAUCCAUUCAGUUUAAAAGAGGUUGUCUUUGUUUGGUGUUUGGGAUGGGGCUGGUGGCGCUGUUACAACUUGCCUGAAAUUGCAUGAAGUUUUCACCAAACCAUCUGCUCAUGAAAUUCCACUUCAGUCAGUGCUGUACGUUCUUUUUUUUCCUCUUCCUCUGACUCAAAAUGUAAAAAGGUACAUUUUGACGAGCGGUAGGCCUGCUUUUGGGCUCUUUUCUUUUGAUUUUAUUUAAAGCUUUAAAAGGCUCUACAUUUCCUGGGAAAGCCAUUACCUUCAUGUUCUUUUGCCUAACCUAAAACAUCAUUUGUGAAUGUCAGAAGGAAUGAAGCAAUUGCUUUGUUUCUGCAAACAUACUGUACAAAGUGAAGUUUAUGUACACUUAAAACUAGAUGUUUUCAUAAUCACACAGUGGUGCAGAGUGUUUCAAAUGCUUUUUCCCCCCCAUUUUGUGUAAAUACAGUAUGUACCCUACUUGUAUGAAAAGUGGCAAUGCCUUUUUAUUUUCUAAUUUCAAAUUCUGCUCCCACUGAAGUUGAUUUUGGCACCUCAUCUUGUGUACCAAUGUCUGAUUACACAUUUUGAACCUGCAUAUUAACUUGCUGUAAAAAGAAAAAUAAACAUGUUUAUGUACAGGGGU